GCCGGCCCGGAGCGCGAUCUUCAGUCGCUCCGGGCAGAGUAUCCUCGUUGCAGCCCCGCGGUGAUGGCCACCAAGAUCGACAAAGAGGCUUGCCGGACAGCGUACAACCUGGUGCGCGACGACGGCUCAGCCGUCAUCUGGGUGACUUUUAUAUAUGACGGCUCCACCAUCGUCCCCGGCGAACAGGGAGCAGAAUAUCAGGACUUCAUCCAACAGUGCACAGAUGAUGUCCGAUUAUUUGCCUUUGUGCGGGUCACCACUGGGGACGCAAUGAGCAAGAGGUCUAAGUUCGCCCUCAUUACAUGGAUCGGCGAGAACGUCAGCGGGCUGCAGCGCGCCAAGACCGGCACGGACAAGACCCUGGUGAAAGAGGUCGUGCAGAAUUUCGCUAAAGAGUUUGUGAUCAGUGAUCGGAAGGAGCUGGAGGAAGAUUUCAUCAAGAGUGAGCUCAAGAAGGCGGGAGGAGCCAAUUAUGACGCCCAGACGGAGUAACCCCCCUUGCCAAAGUCAUCCGCCUGCUCCCCAGGGGAGGGGACCACAGCCUCAGCUACCAGCCCACCAGCCCAUCAGGGAGAGGAGAUGUGAUGAGAGGCAACGCCCACCACCCUGGCCAAAACCCAGCUCCCCUCCCCACUUCCCUUGUGCACCUGCUGUGUCCUAACCUAUGAAGCUCAUGGAAGAUCUUUCUUUUAUCUGUUUUUCUUUUUACCCCGCUUUCUUGUUCUAAGGAAAAAUCAUUUUGAUGCCAAGGUCAUGCAGUUCAUCAGGUUGGAGGCGCCUCCCGUGGUGACCGUGCCCUGGCAUUUGUCUUACGCACAAGCAGCCUGCUUGGCCUUACCCACCAGCCUCGUGUCACUUCUGGCACCGGGGCUAGGGCCGCUAUCUUGGUUUUCUCUGGCGCCUGCCUGCUUCCUGCGGUGGGGGGCAGCUGUGCCAGGAGCUGCACCCUCGACAGUGGCCUCUGUAAGCACACCGUGUCCCGCUGGCCAGGUUCACCCCUCCGAGAAUCGCUCCACCGCCCCAUUCCGAGUUGCCUAAGUUCCACGUCCAACAGAGACAGUGCUUGGUGGAGAUACCUGCAGGCCUGACUCAGACUGAACGAGAAGAGAAAAUUUGCCUUAAAUGUUGCCUGGCUUGGCCACUGGUCUGAAGCAACCCAUUCCUACCCUUUCAAUUGAAAUCUCAUUAUGGCACGGAGUGGGGCCAAGGUCUGAGUCCAGAUUUGACAGGAGGAGUCUUUUCAGGGUUCAUUUUCCGGGCUCCCCCAGUGUUGAGAACAUUUGGGAGAGAGGCUUGGGACACGGGAUGGGAAUCUAGGUCGAACAGGUCCUCUGCCUGAUGGCAGGGACAGUCAGGGACAGAGGCCUCCUACUAGGCCACCUCAGCCACGUGUGCAGCAGAGCCCCGCCCUCCUGGGACCAGAAAGUGAUUUUCAUCUGAGGUUGCACCCCCGCGGGCAAAAGGAUUUUCCUUUUUUUAUUUUCCUCAAAGAAAUAUGAGAUUGGCUUGGUUCUCCAAGAGCACGUUUGGUGGCAUUCUUUUCUCUUUUCCUUGCUCGUUUCAUUGGGG